GACUUCCGGUUAUGGCGGCCAGGUGAAAGGACGUGUUUCUACCGCUCUGCUGUUCUUGUCAAAGAUUUUACCAAAAAUACCUUCCCUUUUACAACGAACUAAACGACCAGUGAGCACGGGUGUUCGGAAUAAUGCCUAAAGCAGCAAAAGCAUCCCAGGAAGUAAGUGAAAAAGCAAAACAACAUAAACUGACGGAUUAUCAUGCUCGUGGCGAAGUGCUGAAAGCUAAUGCUAGCUCAUGCUCAACUCCAAUGGCCGCCGCAGACAGAGAAGAGAACCCGAAAUCUCAAAGCAGCAAGGUGGAUGAAAUACUAUCGGUGGUCAAUUCAAUCCAAAAGGACUUCUCCUCUAGAUUUGACGAAGUUCUGGGCUCCAURGACAGUGUACGCAAAGAGAUAAAUYACUGUGCUCAGCGAAUUACAGAAACUGAAACACGCAUCUCUGAUGCGGAGAAUGAGAUAGAAACGCUACGAGCUAAGGUGGAUAUACUGGAGACCAGGAAGAAAGAUCUGGAAGAUAAAGUUAUGGAUCUGGAGUCCAGAUCGAGACAAAACAACCUGAGGCUGGUCAACCUGCCGGAGGGAGCUGAAGGACAAAAUCCAUGUGAGUUCCUGGAAAAGUGGCUGCCUGAGACCCUCGGUGUCGGAGCGGUGACCGUGGAAAGAGCGCAUCGAAUUGGACCCCGGAGGGACAGCACCGCAACGCCACGCACUUUAAUAAUGAAAUUUCUCAGCAGCAAGGAUAAACAAGUUAUUGCUCUCGCAUCAAGGGCUAAUACUGACAUUCGCUACCAGAAUCAGCAAGUCCGGUUCUACCCAGACACCGCAGCGGGACUGCUCCAGCUUCGGAAGCAGUUUGACCCAAUACGAACGGAGCUACGCAAACUGGGAUUGCGCCACGGGGUGGCUCAUCUAGCCAAGUUGCUGGUAACUUAUCAGGACCGAACCCAUGCUUUUAAAACAGCGGAGGCUGCACGUGAGUUUCUAAAGAAGGUCAAGAAGAAAGCCGACGGGGAGGUAACAAAGGACUGAAUACCCAUUCGGUUAUUAAAUUAACCAUUUGUGACUCGUUUAGCCUUGCUGUGCCCUAUGUCGGUCAGUUGUUCUGAUAGUGGAACAGUAGUGGAUUAUUAUGAAUACAUACAGCGCUGCUUAGGCAUGGCAAGAGUUAGCGUACACAUGCCGGUUUAUGUGCUUUUUCACAAGUUUAAACCCGUGUGCAAACACGUGGAAGGUUAAAUUGUUAUAUAUAUAGUGAACAGCAGCGGUGGUAAAAACUUUUGUUUUGGUUAUUGAGUGGUUAGACUGCUCCUCACUGCGUGUGGAUCGGUCACACGCGAUAACGGGAGGUGUACAGAGGGGGGAGGGAGACCCAUGGAGGUCGGUCGAGGUGCGGGUUUUCAGCUUUAGGGGAUAUGUUUUGAGUUUUGUUCUGGUGUUUAAGCUUCUCAGAUGUUCAUGUUCUUAUGGGGAAAACUGUUUUUUUUCUUAUCCAUUUCUGGUAAUCAGAUUAGUCUUACAUGUCGAAAGUUUUAAAUCUUAAAAUGAUUACAUGGAACUGCAGGGGCCUACAACGCUCAAAGAAGGUCAAACAAGUCAUUAAUAAACUGCAUGAUUUGGAUUCCAGAAUAGUAUUUCUGCAGGAGACACAUCUUAUGGAAGAGGAUGAGGGGCCGGUCAGGAGAAGGUGGCGGGGUAAUGUAUUUGCUUCUGCAUUUUCUUCAAGAGCAAGAGGAGUUAUGACUCUUGUCCAUGAAUCUGUCCCAUUUCUAGUAAACAAUGUUAU